GGCAGCACUGUGGAGCUCCUCUCUUACUCUGCUGUCUUCUGCUUCGCUCAGACAGACAGAGAUGGAGUACUGGAGGCAGUGCACCGUGUGGCUGAUAGACUGCAGGGUUCUGCCCCCCACCCACCGGGUCCGGGCGGACUGGGCUCAGGUGUUUGACCUGGCUCAGACCCUGAGGGACGGGGUCCUGCUCUGCCAGCUGCUCAACAACCUCAGAGCCAACACCAUCAACCUCAAGGAGAUCAACCUGAGGCCACAGAUGUCACAGUUUCUGUGCCUGAAGAACAUCAGGACGUUCCUGUCGUCCUGCUGCGAGGCGUUCGGCAUGAAGAAGAACGAGCUGUUCGACGCCUUCGACCUCUUUGACGUUCGCGACUUUGGGAAGGUGAUCGACACGUUGUCCAAACUCUCCCACACACCUGUUGCACUGCAGUCAGGAAUCAGGCCGUUUCCCACAGAAGAGAGUGUGGAGAACGAAGACAUCUACAUCCACCUGGCCGACCUUAUUGAUGAGCAGGUCCUGGAGGACAUCUAUGAUCCUGUAUAUGGUGAUGUUGAAGGAGGAGAGAUUUAUGAGGAUUUGAUGAGGACAGAGGCUGCAGCUCAGACGAAACAGGCUGAAGUGGACGUUCGGAGCUGCUGUCUGUCCGAGAUUAAACAGACAGAGGAGAAGUACACAGAGACUCUGGAGUCCAUAGAGAAAUACUUCCUGAUCCCUCUGAGGAAGUUCAUGACCACAGCUGAGAUCGACAAAGUGUUCCUCAACAUACCAGAUCUGGUGAAAGCGCACCAGAGCCUCAUGGCUGACAUUAAGGAGUCCAUCCAGAAUAAGAACGCGUCAAACCUCCACCAGAUCUUCACCAACUAUAAGGACAGGCUACUGAUUUAUGGAAUCUACUGCAGUCAGGUGGAAACAGCCAUCGCUAUGCUUGACUUCCUGUGCAAAGAGAAACAGGAUAUUCGGCUGAAGUUAGAGGAAUGUUCUAAAAGGGCUAAUAACGGAAAGUUCACCCUGAGAGACCUGCUGGUGGUUCCUAUGCAGCGAGUGCUGAAAUACCCUCUGUUACUGCAGGAGUUGGUCAAACACACCCCCGAUUCCUCUGAGAAGGACAACUUACGAACAGCCCUGGACGCCAUGAGGGACUUAGCUCAGUAUGUUAAUGAAGUAAAGCGGGACAAUGAAACUCUGCGUGAGAUCGAUCAGUACCAGAGAUCCAUCGAGAAUCUGAAUCAGUCCUUGCUGAAAUACGGACGGCCGAAGGGUGAUGGAGAAGUUCGACUGGCCACAAAUGUGGACAAACGCAGGCAGGACAGGCAUAUCUUUCUCUUUGAUGCGGCCGCGAUCGUGUGUAAGCGGCGAGGGGAUAACUACGAGAUGAAGGACAUGAUUGACCUGAGCCUGUACAAAAUCACCAACAACCCCACCACAGAUAAAGACUGCAGGAAGUGGUGCUACGGUUUCUACCUGACCCACCAGCAGGGGGCGAGCGGCUUCGAGUUCUUCUUCAAAACCAAAGAGCUGAAGAAGAAAUGGCUGGACCAGUUCCAGAUGGCCAUGUCCAACAUCAGACCCGAAAAUGCCACCUACAACUCCCACCAUUUCCGGAUGCACACCUUUGAGCGAGUGACCACCUGCAGCUCGUGCCACAUGCUGCUCAGAGGGAUCUUUAAUCAGGGCUACUUGUGUCCGAAGUGUGGAGCUGGGGCUCAUAAGGAGUGUCUGGGCAGACUGGCAGCGUGUGGACGAGCAGAUCCUCUGAUAUCUAAAACUCAGAGAGAGAUCACUCCGAGGAAACGGUACGACCCAGGUUUGCCCAGAAUGUUGGUUAUCAGAGAUUAUCUGGGGGUCCCCAGUCCUCCUGGUGGUCCGUCACUGAGUGUUCAGGUUGGUGAUGUCAUCGAGGUCAUCAGUGCUAAGCUGGACAGCUGCUGGUGGCAGGGCAAAAUCCCGACGACGAGAGAGGUUGGCUUCUUUCCCAGCAACGCAGUCAGGCCCUGCCCGUGUGUCCCCAGACCGGUCGACUACUCUUCACAGCUCUGGUUUGCAGGGCUGAUGGAGCGUCACCACGCGGAGGCGGAGCUGAUGGAGAGAGAGAACAGCACCUACCUGAUCAGACACCGCAGCCGAGAGUGCAGUGAAUACGCCAUCAGCAUCAAGUACAACAAUGAAGUGAAGCACAUUAAGAUCCUGACCAGAGACGGCUGUUUCUACAUCGCGGAGAGCAGGACCUUUAAGACUGUACUGGGUCUGGUGGAGUACUACAAGCACCACUCACUCAGAGAAGGGUUCCGCAGUCUGGACACGACACUGAAGGUUCCCUACAGAGCUCUGGGCAGAGACUCUCCCGCGCUCUGCGGCUUUACUGCUCUGUCUCCCAGCAGCACCGGCUUUAUCCCUCCGUCCACUUCACCUUUCUGGUCAGUGUUUUGCCCCCGUGUCGUUGGCAUCGCGCUGGCGCGAUAUGACUUCAGCUCCAGAGACACACGUGAACUCUCUCUGCAUGUUGGAGACCUAGUGAAGAUUUACACCAAGUAUGCUAAUGGCUGGUGGAGAGGAGAGGUCAACGGCAGGGUGGGAUGGUUCCCCUCCACUUACGUGGAAGAGGAAGAGUGACCAUUAGAGCGAGGGGCCGUUACUGCUGCAUAAACAAUCUGCUGCAGGGAUUUUGAACAUAACUGUGGCGACUUCAGCACAACACACUGAAGGAGGCAGUUCAAUUACAUUAUUUUGUAUGGCACUUUCUACAGACAUUGACCCAAAGCAGCUUUGCAGAGAUGCGGGUUCAGACUGCAAGUGAGCAUCACCAAGAGAGACAGUGUCUCAGCAUGAGGAGGAAGAACUGAGAGGAGCCAAGUCUCGAACCUCGUUUCAAUUCUGUUUUUAACUUAUCUUCACCCUCUUUGACUCACCUCUCACUCCUCAGAAGAGGAGGAGGCGACAGUGAGGAGCGGAUUAUUUAAAUGGAACUCACUCACCCACAGCAGUGAGCCAAUCAGCUAGCCAUGCAAACUUUGCAAUGCAAAAUGUUUUUUAAGAAGUCUGAGCAUUAUGUACAUAAUAUGUGUGAGUAACUGCUUUUUCUGUCUAUAAACUUGGAGUAGAACUGAAA